AUGGACAACUUGCGGGACCAUGGUGAUCCGCCAUCAAACGAGUCAGCCAGCGAUUCUGAGAAAGAGCACGAGGUGGCAUCUGAUCAGAACGUGGACUCUUUAGUCACCGAUUUUGUCCAGGCUCAUGAACGCCCUACCACCAGCGCCUCAAAAUCGCCAGCUUCAGCCCCGAGGCUGCCUUAUCCCGUGGUCAUCCCUCAACGGCGACCCGGGAACAAGCAACGGGGCUUCGUCGAGGCGUACGCGCCGGCGCUGGGACAGUACGAUAUCGACCAAGAUACCUUCCUGGAGUUCAUCCGUGCAAUGAACAAGGCCAUCAAGCAAAACGCAUGGCUCGCAGCCAUUCAGCUAGCCGCCGUGGGCGCUUCGUUUGUCCCCAACGGCAUUGCCGCGGGCGUCUCUUUGGCUGUCCAGUUUGUCGCGGGUGCAAUUGCACAGGCCGAGGCCAAGUGGAGGACCAAUUCGUUCUUGGACCGGAUGAACAGAGAAUUCUUCCGUCCUCGGGGGCUAUUCUGUCUCCUCAUGUCGUACAACCCAAUCACUAUGGCGCCGAAGAGCGCAGGCGAUGAUCCCGAUGCCGUAUCCAAAGCGCUCUUGUCUUCGUCGUCCACUUCCAAGCAGACCUUGACUGCCCGGACAAAGAAGAAUCUUCGAAAUCCAGUAGCCGCUACAGCGGAAGGAGAGGACAGCCUGCCCACUAGCACGGCCCCGUUGAUCUAUCCGGAAACCAUUGGUGUAGAUAGGCCGCGGUCGCCGGGUGAGCCAGAGCAGAAGCAAAAGCUUGGUGCUCGGCUAAAUCAGUACUUUGACAAACGAGCCCAAGCGCGAUAUGCGAAAGAAAGUAAUGGAGACAUCCUCUCGAACCCGGAGCCGGUCCAAUUCAAGAACAAGUACCUGGACCCGAACUCUGCCGCAAGUAACGGCGGCCUCCUAGGUCUGGUAUCGGGAGGGCGUCUCACGCGCGAUCCUGAGAAAGUUAAACAGAGCACGCAGGCUGCAAUGGCGUCCCAGGAGCAAGCCAUUCGAGAGCAACAGUCGGCCAUGAUGGUAGCCAUGCAACAGCAACUCCAAGCCAUGAACCUCCCGCCCGAGCAACAACAAGAGUACCUGAAGCAGUACCAGGAUCUGUACAGCCUUCAGCUACAGCAGAUCCAACAGCAGUCAGACUUGGUCGAAAAGGGGCAAUGGCAGCGUCGUAUCGUGCGAGAUAUUCUGUAUUUGAUGAUUGUCGACAUGCCAUCCGAUGCAGAAAUGGCUGUUGCCCGCGGACAGCUGAACAGCGCGGGCCAGGUGCAGCCAACGGACGACGUUAGGUUCACGGCCGUGGACAUAUAG